AUCCAAGUCGGGUGUGACACGUGCUUCCACGGAGAGGACUGUACACUGAAGGAUGUUGGCAGACAUCAAUGAGACGAUCCACGUGAAGCAGUUAAUAGCAGGAUGGUGCCACGUUUUCCCUGGUGAGAACCUGAGGACAGACCCUGCCAUGAGUAUCACCCCAGAGGUCAAGAGCCGUGGGAUGAAGUUUGCUGAGGAGCAGCUGCUGAAGCAUGGAUGGACUCAAGGCAAGGGCCUGGGCCGGAGAGAGAAUGGCAUUACUCAGGCCCUCAAGGUGACGCUGAAGCAAGAUACCCAUGGGGUGGGACACGACCCUGCCAAGGAAUUUACAGACCACUGGUGGAGUGAUCUCUUCAACAAGACUGCUGCCAGCUUGGUAGUGGACUCGGGGAAGGAUGGAGUGCAGAUAAGGCGUCUUUCCAAGGAGACCACCCAGCGCAGUCACCCCAAACCCAGCUUGCUGUAUCAGAAGUUUGUGAAGACAGCCACACUAACCUCAGGUGAGGAGAAGCCUGACAGAGACUUGGGGAGCUGCAGUGAUGUUGACAACCAUGAGCCCACACCCCCAAAGAUUCUGACUGAUGAGAUGCUACUCAAAGCUUGUGAGGGGCGAACAGCACACAAGGCUGCCCGGAUUGGUAUCACCAUGAAGGCCAAGCUUGCUCGCCUGGAGGCCCAAGAGCAGGCCUUUCUGGCUCGGCUCAAAGGCUCAAAGGACGUGGGCACCUCUCAACCACUGACUGACAGCGAGCCUUCCCAAAAAAAGAAAAAGAAGAGGAAGCAGAAAGAGGAGGAAGAGGCUGCAACAACUGAGAAGAGUCUAGGUGAGGAGCUCCUGGAACACACUGACAAGAGCUUCAGGAAAAGCAAGAAGAAGAAAAAGAGGCAGAAAGCUGAGAGAGAGGGAAUGGCUACAGGAAGUGAGGAGGAAGAGGCUGCAGGAGAGAGUGGGCUUGGAGAACUGAGCACAGAGCAAUCUGAUUGGCCUUCCAGGAAAAAGAAGAAAAGGAGGAAGCAGCGCCAUGAAGAAGAGGGGGAGAUGGGAGUCUGUGAUGGAGGAGGCAGAGAUGUGACGGGUGGGCCAAAGGCAGUCAACAGUGGAGGAGAUAAAGACGCCGGGAGAAGCAGCAAGAAGCGGACGUGUGGGGAGGACUUAGAUACCCAAGAAGAAGAAGUGAAGGAUGACCAAACAAAAGGAGAGAGAAAGGUCAGAAGAAAAGACAAAAGGAAAAGACAGCAGUGCUGUGAGGAGGUCUUGGAUGUAAGCAGUAAAGAUGAUGGCAGGACGUGGGAAGCAGAGGAUGAAGGUGAGAGAAGUCGGCCGUACCCAAGAAAGCGAGCCAAAAAGAAGAAGCGGAAGAGGGACUGAGGGUCUAAAGCGGAUCUCAGCUGAUUCCUUUUCAGGGGUAGCCUGGUUUGGGGCAGGGUUUCUGCACAUUCUGCAAGCAGCUCUGGAGCACCAGUCUGCCGAGGAGAACAAAGCAUUCUAUACUGUCUGAGGGGGUGGACGUGGUCCCCCGUGAAACUUCCUGUCCAAAAAGUAUAAACCUGGUGUCCGGCAGCUCACCAGCUAAAGGAUGGUGGGAAGAGGAAUCAGGAUGGAGGAAUAUUUGGACUGUCUCUUCUAAAAGUCUGAAAAUGUAAGACUUAUAUGAAAUGUCUUUGUUUUGUUUUUGAGACAGGGUUUCUCUUAUAUAGCUCUGGCUUUCCUAGAACUCACAGAAAUGCAGGCACCUCUGCCUCAUGAGUGCUUAGGUCAGAGGCAUGCACUAUCACACCCUACAAAAUGUUUUCAUUUUAAAUACCAUGAACGUUAAGAAAAACAUACAUUUAUAUGUAUGGGUUGGUUACCCUCCCAGACCGUUCUGAUCAUGAUUAAAUGAGAGCUUUGGCCCCAAGCUUCCCAGUUGAUGUCAGCAUUCCCAGCAUGAGAAGGUCUGAAGACAAAGUAGGUGGCAUUUGAAGACUUGAAAGAAUCCUAUUGUUACCCUCUGGGAGUCUUGCCACAACGCUACGCUGAGUUAGUUUAGAGGUGUCAUCUGCCUCCCUGUGUAUUACAAAUAAGUAAGAAUCAUUCCUGGGUGAAAGAUAGCACACCUGAGUUAUUUUCCGUUGUCUACAAAUGCUGGUUGGUUUCCACAGAGAAAGCAUAACCCACUGAUAAUUAUUAAGGCCAGAGGACUCCAAUUUCAAGACAGAAAGUACCAAGUCUUUAUUGAGAAAGCUGCCUACCCUUACUGUAGACGGUAGACACACUCGGUGUCAGGGUAAGAUGGCAGGUUCAGCUGGUACUUCUUCUCUAGAGCAGGUGGUACAAAACGACCCCCGAGGUAAUGAUACCGGCCAGUAAAGUGAGCUGCAGACUUCUUGGGUGCCGUCAGUGAGAUGAGUAAGUCUGGUUGGAUUCCACUAGGGUUUCCCUUCUCUACAUCCCACCCUGAAGAGAGAAAGUAGUGUGAGCAAGUACAGAAGGCCUGGUCCUAAGGAAGAGGGAAGCCCCUCAGUCCCCACUUGAAAUCUCAGUCCCAUGUACUAUCGGGCUCAGGUUUUCCACAGGGCCAGCCAGCAUGAACUUUGCUCCCCAGCCCUAAUGUGGGACAGUCCCUGGGUACCAGCCUGAGCCAGGUUUGAGCAUGAGUCCCCCAGCCACCUGAGUCUCAGCACCUGAGGGAAUGUCGAUGCUAGCAAUGGGCACAGUAAGUCCACUCAAGACACUCAGGAUAGUGUGGAAUGGCUCCCGAACAUCACCCUUGAAGCUGAAGCCAAAGAUGGCAUCCACCACCAGCUCAUACAGCUCAUCGACCAUCAUGGGCUGGGGGCAUGCAGGAAGAGGAAAGGAUAUCAGGAACUGUUGUCACCUAGGGAGGGCUGUCCCUGCACCCACUGACCACAGAAGCAUGGAUAUAACUGGUUCCAAAGGCACAGUAAAGAGGAGUCGCUCAUUCAGGACAGUCUGAAUCCAGGCCUGAGCACCUAACUGCCUGUCACUGGUGAGAGGGGGUGACUGCCAGUCUCAGGCCUCCUGAGACUGGAAGCCAGAAGAAACUAGUUCUGUUCUGCAUGUCAGUGUCUUCGUCCAUAGAAUAAACUGGGUUGUUUUCUGUUUUGUUUUAA